AUGCAAGAGUUCAAGGAUGCUGUUAAGAAGUAUAACAUCCAAAUGGGAAGGGAAGUGUUCUUUUUAAGGGUGGAGCCAUUAAGAUGCAGAGUUAUUUGUUAUAAUCAGGAAUGUCCGUGGGAGGUGUACUGUUCAAGGAGAAAUUUCCCACCAAAUUUUCAAAUCAAGACGCUUGUUGAUGAACACACAUGUCCAAGGAGUAACAAAUCUAGAUUAGUAACCUGUAAAUGGGUGGCUGGUGAAUUAGUUAACAAGCUUAGAAUUACCCCUAAUUUGAUACAAAGGGAGGCAGAAGAGUGGUUCAAGGUAGAAUAUGACAUAAGUGUAGGUGAGCGGAUGAUGUAUAGGGCAAUGGAAAUGGCAAAGGACAUCAUUGAGGGGACGGAGAAGGAGCAGUAUGGAAAGCUACGUAAUUAUUUAUCGGAACUGCUUAAGGCUAAUCCUGGUUCUACAUGUACUAUGAGCACACAUCCACAGCCAGAGAGUUUGCCUAAAUUCAGAAGUUUAUAUAUAUGCUUAGAGGCAUGUAAGAGAGGAUUUAAACAUGGUUGUAGGCCUUUUAUUUGCCUUGAUGGAACCUUUCUUAAGGGGUAUUUUGGGGGUCAACUACUCACAGCUGUAGGACAAGAUGCGAAUAAUCAUCUAUUUCCUAUAGCAUAUGCUGUGGUUGAUGCUGAAACAAAGAAAAAUUGGAAAUGGUUCUUGCAUUUACUUCAUGAAGAUAUCGGGGAUUACAAGGAAUUUGGGUGGAACUUCAUGAGUGAUAAGCAAAAGGGACUGGUUCCAGCACUCCAAGAGGUCAUGCCAAAAGUUGCACAUAGAUUUUGUGUGAUGCACAUGUGGCAGAACUUGAAUAAGAGAUGGAAGGACAAAGAGUUAAAAGGAGCUCUAUGGCAGUGUGCUCGGGCAAUGACAGAUUUGGAAUUUAAGAAUGCAAUGGCAUAUGUCAAGCGGAUCAAUGUACGAGCUUGGGAGUACCUGUCAAGUUAUGAACAAUCAUCAUGGUCGAAAUCAGGAUUUUCUGAAUGGCCUAAAGUGGAUAAUGUUACCAACAAUAAUGCCGAAUCAUUUAAUGCCACAAUAGUGGGCAUGAGAGGAAAAAGUAUCCUAACAAUGCUAGAAGACAUGAGGUUCUACAUCAUGAGGGUUAUGGCACAGCACAAGGAUGCUUUAUCAUCAUACACAGGAAAGUUGGCACCUAUUUAG